AUUCAUUUCCCAUCCAUGUUUAUUUCUUUUCUUGCAUUCCCAAAAAUGCAUGCUUUAGGAUACAACUCCACACACAUUAUCACUUUAGAGCAUAUUCAUGUUCCUUCAUCAUUUAUCUAUUGUUUGGCAUCCAUCACGAUUCUUUGUCAAUCAAGACACCUUUUGAAAUAUUCAUCCGUGGAGAAAGCUUUGACCGAUAGAGGAUUGAGGAGAUCUUUAAUUGCAAGCAUUUUUCUCCAUCGUGGGCAAUUGCCAAGUCCAAGGGGCAAGCUUAGAAGGACAAGAACCAAGAGCAACCUCGAAGAGCAAAAGCUCAAACACAUCGCACUUUAUAUGGCUCUAGCAAUCAAGGGAUUCUCCAAGGAAAGGAAUGCAACUACUCAUUGAACAAUCAUACUUUGAGAGAUCUAGGAGUCAGAUUUUGCUAAGGACUUGAAUGCUACCAUGUUGAUGUACUUAGUGUGAUGUACUAGGCUUUUACUUUGUAAUGAAUGACCAUCUUUGUA